AUGUUUGUAUUAAGACAAUGUCUCACUUUAGGGACCAAAUCAUCUGUUAGAAACUUUGCUGCUGCUACCAAUUUGGUUAAUGUAAAAAUCAAUGAAGACACAGGCGUUGUUAUAAUGGAAUUGAACAAGCCGCCUGUAAACAGCCUUAAUUAUGAACUUUUGGAAGCAAUGCAUCGUACAUUGGUCAAACUAGAAAAUGAGAGAUGUUCUGGAAUGAUUCUUACAUCUUCUUCGCCUAACACUUUCAGCGCUGGUCUGGAUCUUCUAGAAAUGUAUAAGCCUACCGUUGAUAAAGCAAGGAAAUUCUGGGGUAUGUUACAGAAUACAUGGAUUAAACUGUACUCUGCACCUUACCCAACUGUAGCUGCCAUAAACGGACACAGCCCAGCUGGAGGUUGCCUUCUUGCAAUGAGCUGUGAAUACAGAAUUAUGGUACCCAAAAAGAAGAUAGGAUUAAAUGAAACACAGCUGGGAAUAGUUGCUCCACAAUGGUUUCAAGACUGCAUGAAGAAUAUUAUUGGAUCUAGGCAGGCUGAGAAGGCACUCAUUGCUGGCACACUGUUCUCUUCUGAAGAAGCCGCAAAGAUUGGACUUAUUGAUGAACUAGCAACUGAUAAAGAAGAUCUCAUGAAGAAGGCCCACGACUUUAUGGACGAACAGUUGGGGCUCCCACCUCUGGCUAGAAGUACUGUAAAAAUUGGUUUCCGGAAGGACACUCUCAAUCGGCUAAUCAAUAGCAGAGAAGUAGAUACUAAAUAUUUUAUCGACUUCAUUUUCCAGCCAAAAGUUCAAGAAAGUUUGGAAAUGUACCUUCAAGCGCUCAAGAAAAAAUAA